CUCUAAUCUCAAACGGUUCAUAUUCACGCAUGGAGAAUUUCUGCAACCGUAUAAAACUAAUUUUAGCAGCCUCAUAAUCUUUAGUACAUUUUUCACAUCCUUAUUGUUUAAAUUUUUUUGAACAUGCAGCGCGCCGUUAUAAUUUUUCUUGCAACAAUAUUUUUGAGUGUAAAUGGAAUCAGUGCCGACACAGAUACAAUAUCAGAACUUUACGAAAUCGCGGUGACAGUUAAAAAGUGUUUGUCCAAUAAACAUCCCGUGGUGUGCCUAAAGGAAAAAGCAUUGGAUGCUCUAAAUGAAACAGUAUUCACUGACGAGCCUAUUAUAAUUGGAUAUAUAAGAAUAGAGAAAAAUGAUGAAUAUGAUUGGAAUAAAACUAGAGACAGUGCAUUACCAAAUGAAAUUACUAAAAGAAGUUUAUUACUUAAUGAUGCUUUGUAUGAAAAGUUGCAGGAUUUUUUUAAGUCCAGGACUAUUAGAUUCAAUAUCGAUGAAGCAGUAGAAGGUAGAAAAAAGGGCGGCGGAGGAGGCAAAGGUGGUGGAAAAGGUAUGAUGAUGGCUGCAGCUGCUUGCGUGGGUGCAGGAAUGAUGGUUGGCAAGAUGGGCAUGAUGGCAAUGGCAGCAAUGAUGAUGUCCAAACUAUCCCUCUUAUUGUCAGCUAUAAUGAUGCUCAAAAAGUCGAAAGGCGGUGGAGGAGAUGAAUCCAAAGAAAAACAAAUCAAAAUAAUUUACGCCACCACCAGUGGUGGUGGUGGAGACUAUGGAAAAGGCGGUGGCGGAGGGGGUGGAGGAGGUGGCUGGCAUAGAAGUUUGAAUCACGAACCGCAGACUAUUACCUAUAGAGCGCAUAUUCCUUCAGAUGCAAAUGCGAAUGUUGUUUAUGAAGGUUAUUAAUAUUUUUUUUUUGUUUAUUAACUGAUCAAAAUAUUGGGGAAACUGGUGUUAGUAAUAAAUUUUAAUCCUUAUUUUAUACAUCAAAAUAGAUUAUUCUUUUUGAUUUCAAUUAGCUUUUAUAUAUAUUUUUUGUAUAUAGUUAAAUUUAUCUAAUUUACUUAGAACAUAAGAAUUUUAUUAUGUAAGGCGCCAUUUGUAGGUAUGGAUUUACUUAUUAUUCAUUUAUUUAUAAUAUCA